AUGCGUCAUAUCAGGAAGAUUACUAGAGAACAGCUCAAUAUGAUACGCUCGUUUUCGACUACACAUGAAGCGUUGCUGUCAGGAAGGAAUAAAUUAGCUGAGGCCGAUCUGGAAAAAUUGCGAUCGGUGAGUAAAUUGGUGCAUUUCGUGGAAACACCAGUGCUGUUCUUCCAGAAAUGGCGAAGAAACAUUGCUGAUGUUCGGCAGGUGCGUGCAACAGUAGAACUGGAUCCUCGGAAGGCAAAAAUCCCUACAGGACCAUCAGCAUUACCACCGGGAACUCGUCAACGGGCCAACACGCUUAGUGUACCCCCAUCGGCACCAGCACCAUUCCGAAUCAGAUCCGAUAUAGACGACAAUGAUCCUUGUCAGGCGAAAAUCCUGUAUGUCCUGAUGGGGGAUUAUGUUAAUUACCUCUCUUCGUUGGGAUUGCAGCUGUAG